AGGUCCUAAAAAAAUAGUUGUCAUUUACGUACUUAUGCACUACAGUCAGCCUUUCUCCUCCUGUUCCGAAAGGUAGCGCUAGCGCUGUUCACAUCAAGGAUAGAAACAACCACGCAAGUCGCAACGAAAGGUUUAAUAUGGUUUACCCUGAUGUUCUAGUGCAGUUGGCGUCUAUGCAAUUUCAUCAGUAGACAGAGCACUCUACGUAAUAAAACGGAACAACUACGCAAAGCAAGAUGUUUGGUCUGGUCGCGCCCUUCGCGAUUCUGCUUCAAGCUGCCACGACGCUGUGGAUUUGGAGCGUGUGGACCUGGCGGUACGCGCUGAAGACCGCGUUCAAGCCGGCCGGGUGUUCCAACCGCGUAGCGGAGUUCAAGACCUACGGCUUCCCCUCCUGGAUGCUCGGCGUGAUCGGGUUCUUCGAGCUGUUCUUCGCGACGCUGCUGACGAUUGGAAUCAUGCUCCCGAAGUGCAUGUUUCUCGUCACGGGUUCCCUCGGGCUGAUGAUCCUGAUGACCGGCGCGGUGGCGGCGCAUGCGAAAGUGAGGGACCCCUUCGUGAAGUACUGCGCCGCGCUCGGGAUCGGGAUCGCGGCGGUCAUCGUCUUUGCGUACAGCGUGGUCUAUUUUCUGCGGUCCAGCACGAACGACUACGAGACGAUAAACGAUUUGAUACCGAAAAGCUUCGACGAUUUUUUCGUCUUGCUCGAGUCGGUGUUUCUCUACGGGACGUGCGCGCCGGACGGAACGGAACUAGGAGCGGGCGAUUGCGUGUCCGAGAUGUUUUCGAAACAAGGGCUGGAGAGUUUCAACGCGUUUCUACUACCGGUGACAUGCCUGCUGCCGAUAUGGAGUGGGUUGCAGUAAUCAUGGUUUUGAGUCAGAAUCGGAACUUUACGAUUUAUUUUGUUAAGACUGCUUUUUGCAUGCGAAGUGGAUUCGACAUGACGGUGAGGCACAAAAUCUAGCUGUUUUUGCAUGUUUUUUUCAAAAAUCAGCUCUCGCAAAUUUUCAAAAAUCAAGGCUGUAGGUAUUUUUUACUCAGCCGCCAGGGCCAGCAGCACGGCCGUGGGAAGGACAGGAAACGACCCAUCAAUUGUUGACUGCAGUUUGAACCCGCGGCGCAAAAGUUAUUUUGUCCGAUUUUCAGGGUGAGGCGGAGGUCUCGCCAAUUUUGAUUUUCGAAAUUUCGCCAGAAAUGAUGUCCGGGUUUCGCGAAGUUUCUAUCGCCGUGGGAGGGUAUCAUGCGUCCAACCGGCACAGGCGAGCAGCUCCGUCGGGAAAACGCAGCUUGCGCAUCUUUUUGCCCGGAGUCGCAUUCCUCAGGUCUCGCAAAUUUUUCAAAAAUACUGAAAAGAUUGUUUUCCUCACUGCGAAGCAAGGUCGUUGCGGCUGUCGGCAAAAGAGGCUGCUGAUGCCUCGAUGAACGGAAAAUCGUGGUCGGGGCUCGUUUAGCUGUCUGGGGACAGAGGAAGGCGCUCGUUAAUUUUUUUAUUUUGAACCAAAAGGGAUUUUUUUCACAGCGCAAAUUGAUGAGGCAGCUCCUUUCCAACCAGUCAACGCGGAAGCGGUUCUCAAGCUGUGUCAGACGUGCUACCGGGAAAGGCGAAGUCUCACAAAUUUUUUCGAAUCCACGCAAAGUUGUCGCAGGGGAUGACGGAUUCCGGCGUUAAGAAAGCAGCACACAGAAAAGCACGGGUGGCAUACAGGCGAAUCACCAACGCGAAAUGGGCCUCAAGAAGUUUUUUUCCGUGUCUCAGCAGCCCACCACGCUCGCAAAUUUUUUCGCACAAUGCAAAAAAUGUUUCUAUACUAAGCGGUCAAAAAGGGUAGCGGGCCGUAGUUCGGCUAGAAAACGUGUCCGCUGGAGUUGUAUGCGAACUCGAGGAAGGGGGGGCUCGCAAAUUUUCUAAAAUUGAUCUGAGACUAUUUUUGUACUUGGCGAUAAAGGUGUGAUACUAGUUGUAGAUGGUCGACCCAUCAUCCAUCACCACGCGUGGCGAGGGUGACGGCUCCACACGAUCCGGUCUCGAACGCGACACGGCAGAAAAACUCGCUUUGCCGAUUUGUCGCCCUGGGGCGACUCUCGCGAAUUUUGUGAAAUAUCGUUUUUAAGGGUAUAGAAAAUGCAAUCCCAAGAACAAACUUAAAAAUUUUACAUGCUCUGCUCCGUGCGCGGAAAACAAAGCGAGCGCACGCUUUGCAUUAUGAAAAACGAAACUGCUAGGAAUUUAUAGAUGGCAGCGACUAUACAGAGGCGCAAAACGAUUUCGGUUGGAGAAAGGUAGUAGUUUGCAUUACAAAAUACACUGAUAAGCAAUCACAAGAUAGCUGCACCCAAUGCAUGAAUAAGCAGCAGCUAUACAGUUUCAACGAAAGCACUACAGGCGGCCGCACUUAAAAUUUUCUACGACGUUGCAGUACGUGGGUACUGGUAGCGAUUUGUGUAGCGCGGCAAGCUCGCAACUGAAGAUCCAAGUAGAAGCGCACGAGAGCGCCGCUGUUCCGGGGAUGCACAGGUCCUGAGAAUGUUAGUUUUUUUCAUUGAGACGCCAGAGAUGAGAACUAAUGACGAAGCGAAGUGAGGUAGAGAGAGAGUAGCCGCGCGCGUCCUUUUUCAAUUAAAAAAAACCUUUAGCAGAUGUGUCGCCAUGAGGGCGAGCCCGCUAUGGGCGGCGCUGGGGCGCCUUUUUGUGCUACUUUUGCCGAGCGGCGGGGGAAGGCGCGCGCUUUGAUUCCAUCCGGGAGAGAAUGGAAAAAAAAGCCCCCGCCCGGGCGCCCCUGGGCUUUCGUUCAAGGGCGCCAAUGGGCGAGGAUCGCGGAAAAGCGAAGCAAAGCCUUCCGCAGCGCCUGCGGGAGGCAAUCGCUUCCACUUCCGCGCGGGGAACGAAAAGGGGCGCGGCCUUGCUUCUGGUUUACCGGUAUCGCGCCGGAGACCCCGGCACGGUCCUCGGCCGAUUUGGCGCCGGUUCCCCCGUACUGGGGGCCGCCGCGAAAGUGGGCCCCCCCUUCUCUCUCCGCGCUAUGCGCCAGCUCCGGCAAUUGUAGCACGCACCAACUUCGGCCCCUUGGCCAUGUAUUUGGCCGCUGCGGCCUACUGCCAGAAAUGGCGCAACGUUCGGGGCUUAAAGUCGCCCCGCAAUUGGUACCCUUAGCGGCUUGGCCGCGCGGGCGCUUUAUGGAAGAUGGCCCGCAACCAGGUGGCGCCGCGUCUGCGGAAAGACGGCAGCCAGCCUGACACCUUGCCGACGUAAUGUCGCCGUGCCCACGCGCGCUGUUUUGAAUAAGUUGUGAAUCACCGCGGCCCUCCAGAAUGAAGGAGUUUAUUUUUUUCCGAUGAUGUUCACGUGAAGAAUUACACGAGAUGACGUUGCAAACAUUUUGUGGCGAGUUAAUGUCUUUCAAUAUUACAAUUUGAACCACACAGCGCGACCUACCAACUGCUUUCGUUCCACCACGCAGGCAGACCUUUGGUGCCCACAGCCUCGACACCCACCAGCAGCGGCUCAGCCCGUAUUAGACCUGCGGCGCGGUUGAAGGGCCACCGGCAUCGGUGCUUUUCAUUUCCAUAGACUGUUGAUUGAUGUUGUUUGUGUGCAGAAGAAGUUCUAUUUGUUUAUGCUUGGAGUCGAGCAGAUGUUUGUGCAUUUUUGCACCAGCUAUGCAGAUGCGCCCGAGCUGUCUAGUGUGAUGCGCGCAGCUUGGGAAACUUAUUUCAUGUAAAAAACACAACCUUAAACUACAUCCCAGGUUCGUGCAGCAUGAAUUUCAUGCCGUUGCUCAUGGUCGAGGUCGAGCCGGACUACCGCCUUAUUGAUCGCCAUGGCCGUGUGAGCAAGUACUUCUCCCUCACCGCCAGCUCCGUGCACUCAACGCGUCGUGUUUUUGUUGGAGUAACUCGGACGAGCGUCGUGUUUUUCUACAAGGCCAGGGAUCCCACAGUGCAAGAGCUACGAAAUAGAACUGCAAAAGCGGCUGCUUUGAAUACAGUGAUGAUUUGCAUUACAGAUUAUAUGUGCCUUGCAUGCCAAAAAGAAAGCGAACAUGUACUGGCUGCAUAAUGUUGGCAUUCAAAUCAAAAAGCUUUUGCAGUUUUAUUUUGCAUACCCGGACGAGGUCGCGAUGAUGCCAGGACGACGAUCGCCACUGUUCGAUGCCGCCAAGAACAUGCCUUUGCCGCGUUUUGGAUUAAGUAGUUUUAUUAGUUUACAUUGGAAGCGAUACGCAAGUGCUCUGCUGCGAGAACGUCUGUGCAUUUCAAUUCCACGAUCAGUGUACUAUCGUGGUGUGACUGAGAAAGCAUAUGACGAAUGGCAUGCAGACCGUAUAGAAAGUCGCCAAGCAUGGCUACGCGCUUGGUUCUGCCGACCCAGACCCAUUUUUGUAAAGGAAUUAUACAGCUGCGUGGAUCGAAGCAAGAGUAGCAGCAGUGUGGUAGAAGAAGUGGACUAAUAAACAACGCAGAUGUACUAUUGUGCGUUACCGUGAUUCAAUUGGCCCGUGUUAUACAGAACUGCAGCUCUGCGGCGAGGAGCAUUCUUUGCGUCGGUUGAUGCUACAUGUACCGUGUUCAAGUUUGCACAGCUGCUCUGUCUAUUCGAUAAUCAAACGAAAAUCUUCUGCGCCAAAACCACAACAAAAGCGUUCCUAUGUCGAGGCUGUGAUCAAAAAAAAUUUCUAGAGUUGUGAUUUGUGGGUUGUGUGAACGAGUUGUAGAACCAACAAAAUGCAUCAGAGUUGUGAAUUAUUUUUUUGCGCAUUGCCGGAUACGUUGUGAAGCAUAGAUUUAUUGUGGAAAAAAAGCCUGUCUCACGUGUGCGUGUGAAGUCUGUGUUUUUUGAUGAGCUGAAAGCAAGAAGUGUGGGCGUGUGUGAAGAGUCUGUUGUUUUGUUUUGAUAUUGGAAUCAACUUGAAAUACCUAUGCAGCGCUCUUGUUUUUGAAAUGUAUUUGUGCUUCUUGAUAUUGUCUUCAUAAGAAUUACUGCUAGCAUUGCACCUGUGCGCUCUUUGAUCCCCAUAAUUCCAACUAAUUCCCACAAUUGAAAAACUGCCCUUCCAAUCACGCUGCUUUCCCAAAUUCAUGCUCUUUGGCAAAUUGCAUUACAAAUUUUGACUUUUUUCGCAUUGCGUCAUCUUUUCGCAUUGCGCGUUCGUCUUCUUUUCCAAAGCAAGCCCGUAGCUGAGAGAUUGACGAAUAAUUGCGAAUUUUACCUGAGGCGAAGGCAAAUCAAACAUCUUUUAAAGAUGGCAGAUAAUAACGCAGGAGGUGGAGGAGGACCUGGUGGUGCUGGCCAAGAGCAACAGGCGGUUGCUCGCGGCAACUUGCUCGAACUGACAAACGUCAGAAAGCGAUCUGGCGGAGUAGCAUCGACUUUGCUUAAUGCAGUGACCGGUCAGGUCAGUCGGUCCUGGACCCAGUUGAGUUUAGUGAUGCUACUCAAAAUGCUGCAGGUGGCGCUACAAGAUUCCAUUGAAGUGCUAAUUUUGUUUUUUUGUUAUUGUUUUGUGAUGAUUUGAUGCGUGGCAUGUGGUUGUUGUUGAUGCAAAAUAAACUAUUCAAUAAAUUCAUCACUACAGCUGGGAGAACUGCAGCUGGUCUGCACGUCCUGCGCCAGAAUGUUAUUAGCAAUUCUGGUGAUCACAAGAACGCCCAGUCCGCCACAGCUUGGGACCUUCCCGCGUUCCGGGCGUAACCUGUUACUUACGAAAUACAAAAACCGCGCGAAUUUGGCAUGCAUGUGGUGCAUUAUUGUGUCAUGCAAAGAUUUGCACUCGCCUUCAUCCACAGGCAUUUACACCGGCGCUUGAGAAUUUCGUAAGUUUUUAGUUUCAUACCAGUACUGCUCCACGCCGCCACUGCCCGGAUGACGUGCAGCUACCGCCAGAGUUGGCAGGACGUACUAUUUUUUUUUUAAUGUUGGCGCUUUGAUGAAAUCAUGAUGCUUUUCUUCAUGCAGGAUUUGCAAACUAAAUUAUACUACUACAACAUUGCCAGGCUUGCCACAUUUUGGAUGGCUUGCAAAACGCCAGCGAGCGCCGGAUCCUGGAAACUUGGUUUCGGAUGCUGCACCACUUUCACAGUCCGGAUUUGGACGACGACAUGGUCAACGGCCUGUGGCAGGAAGUAUGAAAAUGACAGAUAUAGCAAAGCAGCUACUGUUGCAUGUAAAAAUUACAAAGCAGUUUUGUAUUUGCAAGGAGUGCACGUUUGUAGUAUGGCUGCAUAAAUUUUGUGCUUUGUUAUAUUUUCAGUUGCAUACGUGUACAUCGCUCAGUGGCAGCCCAGCAUGGUCGGCCUCGGCGAGUUCACGUUGAAUUCACCCGAGCGUGCCCGUCCGCAACGGCAGCUGUUCGCCCCGGUCUUGAUGGACGCUCCCCGUGUCGCCCCGGAGCAAAACCCGGCUGCUGACGGAGGUAAUCCCCCUGCUGCGCCCGCAGCUCCUGCUGUUGAAGCUGCCGCUCCGGCUCCGGCCGCGGACGAGGGCGUUGAGAUGCCCGACGCCAAUCCGGUUCCGCCGAAAGCUCCGGCUCCGGUCGUGCCCAACACGCCCGUCGCGGUGAAAGCUCCGGUUCCGAAGGCCAACCCCGCGCCGAAGGCCAAACCCGCGGCACCCGCGGCUGCUGCGGCUGCGCCGGAGGCCCCGACCACGACCGGUAUGAUUUUUUUUUGUUUCAAUGAAGUCAUGAUUCAAAAUUGCAUGUUUUCAUGAAAAUAUUUUACAUGCAAAUCAUCUACUCCGCAGGUAAUGACAUGAGCGGCAUGUUGGCGAUGCUCCAGCAGAUGAUGAGCACGGCGAUGCAGUCCAUGAUGGCCGACUUGAAGGCCGAAGUGAAAGAGACUGUGAUGACCGAGAUGGCCGUGGCGAACUCGUUGAGCGACGCCGUCCCCGAGGAACAGCUUGAACAACCCCCGAUCAUCAUCAGUGCUGCCGGUGUCCAGGACGGCGGUGUCUCCAACACCGCGAGUGCGAACUUGCAGACCCCGAUCUCCCAGUCCGGCUUGCCGGUGCGGCAGUUGUUUCUGUCGGGAGAAUCUGUCGGUCCGAAGGCUCCCCCCAGUGGGAAGGCUGGUAUAACAUCGUUUGUCAUGGAGAUAGAACUUGUGACGAGGCGGCAUGAGUUUUGCAAUGCUAUAUUUGUCCACUUUCUUUACAACAGCUGCGAAGCAGGGUGCAGUGACCUCGUCUGUCAACCCCGCUGCUGCCGAUGCGAAGCCGAAAGCCGUGAAGAAGACGCUGCUACCGCCGGGUAAGAUGUUUUUUGUUUUCAAAUAUGAGCGUGUGCAUGAUGUGGCAUUUUCUAAAUAAUUUUACUUCAUAACUAAUAACAGAAUCUUCUCCGGUUCCGAAGGCUGUUCCGAAGGCUGCGCCGUUGUCCUCUGGUUUCAAAAAGAAGGAGUUACCCAAGACGACCCGCAUGUCCAAUCAGUCCGUGACCCCCGCGAUCGCGCAGCCCGCCCCUGCGGCGGAAGCUCCGGCUGCUGCUUCGACCACCGCGGCGUCCUCGGGUGUGAAUGUGACCAUCGGCGCUGCUGCUGUGAACACGCCCGUGGUGUCCUCGACCGUGAGCGUGACCGUGCCGGACACCGAGGUCGUCGACCCCGCUGCCAAGCGUCGUCGUCUCUCGAGUACUACUGCGUCUGAAGCGAACUCUGUUAUUCCGCCCGCCUAUGAUCCGAACCUGACCUACAGCGCGAACCUGGGCCGUGGUGUGCCGAUGGACGUUUUGAUGAGCCAGUCCAUGUUGAACCAGCAGGAGGAGAUGCGUACCGCGAUGCACUGUGAUCAGCCCGAAGUUGAGAUUCCGGAAGACGAAAUCGCGGACUGGAUCAACCCGCAGCCUGUCAUGAUCACUGGUGAUAACGGCACCCAGAUCCCGUUUGUCGACCCCACGCCGGAUUCGGACGGCGAUGUCGUUGAUGAAGAAGAUGAUCUGUUGAAGGAGGAUUAAAGUGAUUCUGAAUCAUCGGUGUAGAAAAACAGAGACUUUUCGCUACGGCAGAUGUUAAAUGAAUUGAAGUUAGAGCUCCUUGCUAAGUUUAUUGUUUAAAAGUGAGUCGAGUUCAUCUUCACCUUCUUGAUGCAUGUCUUGUAAAAUUUUUUGUUUUCCAGCAGCAAGCGCAUUUCAGUGUCAGUGUUUAUAAAAAUUUAUGAAUUUUAUUUUCCAUUUUAUCGGGCGGAUAAGCUGGUGGAAAAGUUUUUACACAGUUUUUUUGGGAAUAGGGUUCCCCAUAGUGUCACAGUUCCUACGCCGCGUCAUGUGCGGUAGACUUAUUUUCGGUUUACAACUACUGAUGCCGUAGUAUGUCAUGUUUCUUGUCCCGAAAGCGAUUGACUUUUCAUCAAUGCAAUGUACGCGAAAUAGCGACGUGAAAAAGCAACUGUACCUGUUACCGCGAACGAGCCUGCUGCUUGAGUGGGACCAUAUCAAUGUUUUUUUGGGAAAAAUCAAAAAUGAAUAGGAAUACUCAGCACGGCAAUGCGCAGCUUCUUUCUCAUGUCAAUAUGAUUUGUGUACGUCGAGUUUUGUGGUCGUGCGAUGGUUGAUGAGGCAAAAGCGCAAGGAUGAAUGACGCCACGUUGCUGAUGAUGAAGAUAAAACUACUUUGCGAAGUUUUGGUGUGAGAGAGUGACGCUGGUAUGUGUCAGUCACAAUGCGAAUGCGUGUCACAAGUUUGUCGGCUGUGAUAAUUAGAAAACAAUGAGAGAUAGAUAAAAAGCACGCAAGUGUAAAGAUGCAAAGAAGAGCUGCGUUCGCGGGCACUUCGCCCGUGGACCUGGAUUUGGAAGCGACGGAUAUCACCGAUAUUCCGCUCAUCGCAGUAAACGAGCUUCUUCUCGGUUUACCUCUUGAAGUGUUCGUCAAAACCGUCCGCCAGUUGCAGCAAACCACCCGAAAGGACUACGCAAAAGACCCGCAGAAAGGACAUCUUCAGCCGAGUAAUCUUCGCAACAAGACCCUCAGCUUGAUGAUGCAAGCUUUCCAAGACGAGACUGCGAAUCUCGUGCUGCAGCGGCAGGGACAGUCGAAAGAAGCGGAGAAACAACCAUGGGUGUACGCCAUGCCGGGAGAAACCGGUCCCGACUUGGUAUCGGUUGACGGGUUUUUGGCUUUGGCCAACAUGCGAUGCAACAAAUACUACAAGGAGGCGUUGUCUUCGCGGAAAAAACGACCACUGGAGCAUAGUAGUGAGCACUUCGCGAAAAUUUUUGCAGAAGCCCUGUUGCGACCGCUGGAAGCGUGUGGGAAGGAGUCCGUGAUUUUUGACGACGUGAAGCUAGGACACGAGGUCGAAGCAUCCGCCUUCCAGUGUUUCUGUAUGAACUGCUGAUGCGUCGCGCUCCUCUAUCACGCACAGAAGCGCUUGUAUUGUACUAAACUACAUAUUUUUGUGAUAGUUGUGUGAUAGCGGAGCGUGACGCAUUUGAGUUGCAUACUGGACGGCUCUGGUUGGAUCACUUUCACGGGGAAUGCUUGUAUACUUAUUUUUUUAUAGUUGUAUUCCAACUUCAGUUGAAUUAUUUUGGGAACAAUAUGUUUCGUGCACUUGUGAGCAUUUCAUGAGAAUAGAAUUUGUGGCUUGUUCAAAUUGAGAAGGGAUUUUACAAGCGCUCGCUUUUGCACGGCGACCGAGACCAUAUAGGGCAGUCUAAGAAAUUUAAAGCUCGCGAAAAUGCAUCACUUUCUGCAUAAAACACGCAAAGCAGAAAUGUUGCGCUCCGGCAAAACAAAAAGCGCGCUACCUGGAAGCUAGCAAAGCUUCCAGAAGCGCGAGGGACGAAUUUCUGCCAAUGCUUACCCAAGACAUGCGGCUGCUUUUCAUGUUGCGCGCAUUUUAGGAAAUGACGUGCCGACAUUGGCGUACUCAGUGCGCGCGCGCGUGUGCGCGGGCGCUUGCACAUCGCCAGUCGCAAGCACAAAAACAAGCGCAAUUUCAAGCAUCAAAAAAAGCGCAAAAACUUGCGCAAUUUUGAGCAUAUUUUCGCGCGCUUUUUCGCGCGCAAAAAAAAGCACGCGAACCGAGGCCAUGCCAUGCAGUCUAAGAAAUUUUCAGGUAGUGCAAAAUGCAUGGCUUUUUGCUGCGCAAAACAGAGCAUAAAAGCGAGCACUUUUCACAGCGCAAAAAAAAGCGUCCACAAAUAGAGCUCCCAAACUCCUAAAACUCUACUUGAGGGCGCUCUUGCAGUAGGGCAUCUUGUGCAUUUUCGCGUGCUUUAACGCGCGCUGCAACUUGAUGCAGCGCAAAAAAUUGCACAUCAUCACGUUGCAGCAUGUGAAAAAGCAUAAAAAAUAGCGAAAAAAAGUAGCAGCUCCACGCCUGCGCGCGGAUAGCGUGUCUUUGGCAUGCAGCUGUUGUUUUUCAAUGGUUUCGCGGCUGGAGAUGGAAAUCAAGCAUUUGUUUGUGUCCAGGUUAUUUCAUUUUCCGCAACAAAUGUGUUUGUGGGCUGUCGCCAGAGCCGAGCGUGCAAAUGUCGCAGCCACAAGCCGUGACAUUUGUCUCUGGGCCUGAUGGUCUGGAGAAAUAGCAGUAAUUCUAUGUUUUCGCUUGUUCUGACACAACCAUGCUGAAGCGUCAGCUUUAAAUUCGUAUUAAAAUCUCAGAUACUCCGGCGCGGAGCAUCUCAGUCGUGGACCUUCUGACAUGGUUUUUGCAAUUCGGAUCAUCGAAGGUACUACUUCUGGCUGUGAUGCAACAAAAAGCACGCUUUUUUGCAUGACAAAUUAUGACGCUUUUCUUCAGUCCGAUCAUCGUACCAUGACGCGUUCGAAGCUAAUGCAAAAACUAUAUUUCCCAGGGGUUGGACCACAUGGCAGAUUUUUUCAACGCGGCGUACGCGGAAAUUUUGGAAACCUGGCCAAAGGAUCAAGCUGCGAGCUUGGGUAUACUUCUUGAGCUUGGUUUGGUUGCAUUUAUGAAAAACAUGCAUUGUGAUUUGUCAUGCAUGCUUUAUAAUUUUUCGAAACAAAUCAGGUUGCCAGUUGGUCGACAAGACGCCGGCGAUCGUCACGAUUGGAGAGCCCGGUCGACACAACAAGCCGUUCGAUCAACUAAUCCACUGGUGUGCGGCUCCCUACAAUCCAAAACUCAAACCGAACCUCGAACAAUCGCGGAUCAUCCUGGUUUGGGGAUACCUGUGCUGGUUAAUGGAGGUGGUGAAGGUGAGCCAGAUGAUGUGGAGCAGGUAUGGAAAGCCGAUUGGAGUCGCAUUGGACGGUGUGCGACUCGGCGGUCGCGAAUUUGUCCAGACGAGAAUCAGAGGUCCGUGGUUAGACGAAGUCGACGAAUUCUUCACCCUCAACCUCUUCGUCGUCGCGAUGCCGGAAGCUAGCUUUGCAGAAAUCAAGAAAUUUUUGAAGCGAUUGGACCAGGCGGAUUACUCCUUCUCGUACCAGGAAAAGAAAUAUUCUUGCUGGAUGUCGGCGCUGUUGCAAAUCCUGGCAGCGCUUUGCGGUUGGGGUCGAAUAGUUGGGGCCGGCGCGAUGGAUGAUCAUUUUGCUUCCUUUUUCUCUCGGAUUUCUCCAACCUAAGAAAUUUUUUUAGCCACCACGCACCGAGGCCGGGCCCACCGAGCAGAAUUGUCCAGGGUCUCGCCUGUGCGGCCCCAAAAAGAAGCGGCGUCGCACAUGUUGGGCCGCUUGCGGUUGCGCCGGUGCUCUUGGGGGCCCGGCCGCCGCGCUGGGUUGUGGCAUUGCGGGGGCCCUUGCGGAGGGGCAGUGGGGUGUUGGCGCGGUCGGUCCAGGCCGCGCAGGCGCCCACCUGGCGCGGGGGCCUGGCGCAAACUGGCCAGCCGAGGCCGGGAGCCGAAAUGAAGCAGGAGGAAAGGGGGGCGCGGGUCCUUGCAUGGGCCACACUGGGGAGGGGAGAGGUCGCGGCCAAGCUUGGUAGAGCGCGUGAAGCGCGGGCGUCCGUCCCAUGCCAGGCAAGGAGCACCGAAGCUGGGAGGAGACACAGAGCACAGGAUCCAUGCUCGGCCGGGGGCCUGCGGCCCGCAACCAGCGGGGCGCCCCCGCGAAGGCAGGGAUCGGCGCGGCGCCUUCGCCAUGUCCCGGGCGGGCUCAUUUCGCGUCCAAUAUCCCCGGUCCCCUUUCUGAAUCCCGGCGCCCCAGUUUUCGCCGUCCUUCCGAAGAAGGGUCGCGCGAAAACUUAUGAUCAUCAUUUUCUUCAGAUUUUCUCAUUAUUUUCUCACCAUUUUCUCAUCAUUUUGUCCAGCCGACAAAAUGAUGAGGUCGCUAUAACCGUGGUCGUUAGCUCGUGGAACGGACAAAAUAAUGGGUGUGUGUUUGAGAAAAUAACUAGAAAAUCUGAAGAAAAUAAUUUGUAAGAUUUUUCAUAAUUUUCUCCUGUUCUUUCCGAGGUCCCGGACAAGAAGUUCCGGGCGCCGGGAGAAAAUCUGGAGAAAAUUGUGACAAAAUGAUCGCCCAGAAAACGGCCCCCGCCGAAUCGCCCCGCGCGGGUGUUUUGGUUGGGGCACACAAGGGGCCCGGCGCACCGGCGCCAUCCCGAGCGCCUUCCCUGCUUCGCGUCUGGGCUAGCUGGCUCUUCUGCCGGCGUGGCACUUCUACGGCCAAAUAGCCUGCGUUCUUCGGUCGGCCCCACUUAAAUUGAGAGGCAACCGCUAACAAAGAAACAACCAGGGGCCAAAAUACACACGCACCGAGCGCCCGCGGGCCUCCGUUUGGGUGGCCCCGCCCCCUCCCCAGUCUCCCGGCCUCUUUUGCCUGCGCAACCCCAGCCCCCCGGUGCGUCCGGCUUGGCGACCGGCCGUCUGCCUACGGCGCAUCACGGCCCAACCCGCGGCGGCUUUAUGUUUUAGAGAUCAGGCCGGUGUGGCGACAUGAUCCCGGCAGGAGUUGGCGCGGCCCGCUGUUUUUGCCGGGCCGAAUUUCCGUGCGAAGGCUUGGGGCCGCGCCUUCAUCUAGCGGGCGCCGGGCGCUCUCGGGGUCCCGGGGUGGAAAAGUUUUUUUUUCAAAGAAAAACCGAAGAAAUCCGGCAGCAAUCUGGGUUGCGUCAUUCAUCAAACCACGCCGGCCCCAAGAAUAGGAGUUGACCAACCCUGCUGCUUCGCCAUGGAUAAAUGCAGCGGAAACAGUUACCCGGCUUGGAGAAGUGAACGGGGAGAUGUAUGAAACAAAUUACUCACGUUCUGCCCACGUGCAUAUUUAGCAUAUUGCAAGCGGUUGUUUUUUGAUGCGGAUGCGCUACAGACUAGAACGGAGUAAUUUUUUUCGCUGGAUAUUCUCCGUCGAUCUGCAUCUAUGAUGUUCCCCAUGAUGAAAACAGACAGUCGGCGAAGGUGGCGGACAAAAUGUUACCAGUCAAAUUAAAACGAUUGUACCGAUUGCGGUCCACUUCUAGCGGCAUGCACAGCGUGAAAUUUUCCGAUUUUUUUGGGGCAGUGGUGGAAAAGUGCGAUAGCGAUGACAUAAUCCGUCUUGUGGGGGAAUUUCGCGAAGAUUUAGAAGCCGAGCUGAACACAUCCGACGACGCGGAUGAUUUUCCGCAAAAAGUGAAAGAGCGGUGCAAGCAGAUCCGUAGCGAGCUGGGGAAUUUCGCCGCGAAGGAGCGGUUCUGCCAGCAAGAUUAUACUUGCUAUUUCGCAAAACGGGGGUGGACGACGUUGCGGUUCGCUUUUCGUGCUUUCUUGUACAUCGAGAAUCCGCGGCGAUCCAGCUUGGAAAACGAAAUUUUCGUGUCCGCGCCAAAAGACGGUCGACCGGCGCUGAUAUUGUGGAAGGACUUGAGUCUUGACCUGACGCUGGCGAAGGCGAUGGGUGAUAAUCUUCCUUUCAAGGCCAAACGACAGCCGGCGGAUGAGAAAGAAGAAAGUACUUUUUGCGUAUUUGUUUACAAUGUGCAUGACAAAUUACAUCUACGUACAAAUCAGAUGCAUUAUCGCGCUCACAAUGUGCAUGACAAACAGAUAUUACGCAUUACAAACAGGUGUUUUGAAAGACGAGGACCCGGGUUCUUCUUCUGACGAUGACGACGAGAACCGGCACGAUAAAGCAUUGCUGAAAUCGGAAAACAAGAAAGCAAAAAAGACGUGGGAUUUUGCGAAAGAUACCGUUGAGGUGGCCGACAUGGUCGAGACAGAUGAAAACUGGGCCCUUGCGGACUGGGUGAAAGAAUUGGACGAAAAGAAGCGAAAACGCAAACAGGACGAGUUGAAGAACUUGAUGGAGGAGCAGCUUAUCCAGCUUGGACCCGCAGACAACCCAAACGCCAUCAUCUCAAUCCACACGACCCUAGCAGAUGAGUCAAUCCGCAUGAGCGCCCUCAUCGUGGAACUGGCGAAGCGGAGCAGUUUGUUCUACCACGGUGCGACGAUCGCAAUCGGGUGGGUCAACUUGAACGCCCACGGUGCGUUCUACUCCCAAUCGCCAUCGAUGUUGGCGGAUACUGCAGCCUGGUUCAGUGCUUUUCUUGAGGUGGAUUUGCAGCGCUCUCUCCGUCUCAACGACGAGGAACAAUUCGGGGACAUCUUCGGAGCCACUUUCUACUGGGUAUUUUUUGUUUGCGGUUCUGCAUGACCAAAAGGAUAGUUUUUUGCAUUCCAAAAAUAUAUCCGCGUGCUGCUGCCUUCCAAAACUUUUAUUUUUUUGCUCGUGCACAAAAGAUUAAACGGCGCUUGCAAAUUAAACUUGUUUGCAUGUUUGAGUUGCAGCUUUUUCAUAUACCAAAAUAAUCAGGUCAUGCGGAAGGCGAUCAAAACGCAACAGUUGCGUUUAUCGCAAGAAAAACGGAUGCUGAUGUACGGCCAGAAACCGGGGCUCAGCCUCUCGCUUGGCGAUUUUCUUACCCUGCCGGAAGGUUUGCAAGGAUGGAAAAGCUCGGUGGCCGAGUUGCUCCGAGACCGCCAGUUCUACUUGAAAACCGAAAACAAGUCCUUCGUUCCGUUUCUGACCGACACCCCGUGCAAAUUUCUGCGUCCCGCGGACAAGAAAGCACACUGCAAUGAGUUCACUUCACCGCACAAAAUUCCCUGCUACACGCAUUUCCGGGAGAGGACCGUACUGGACAGCUACGAGUUCGAGUCGCAGUUGCUGGCCAAAAUUCUGGAGGUGAAAUCGUUGAAGAAGAACCCGAUCGCGUCGAAGUUGAUCAACUGCCUCGGAAAGCAGGAAAACAGCUUUUUGAUCCGGACCUGGAUGAAGAUCUACGAAACGAAGGGUGAACAGGACGCGCAGAACUUCCUGGAGCUUUUUCCCCCGGCAUUAAUUCCGAGCACGCGCGACAUUGAGGCCUACGGGGGAAUAUUGUCCAAAACAAGCCGCAAGAACAACAACGCGGGGAUUAUGCAAAAGGUAUAGACUAUUUUGCUGCGAUGGCUGUAAAGUUUCUACUUCGUAUGCUUGCAUCCGACUUUCAAAAUAGCAGUGCUGCAUAACAAGUUUCAAACAUUACAGACAUCGCAGUGGGCCCUGCAGGAAGCAGCAAUUUCGACUUGGGUGCCGCCGUUUCGCGCAUACGAUGCGCAGUCGGAUUUGCUUACACGGAAAGGCUGCAUGGACUCCAACAGCGUCCUGGACGGACGGCAGCUGCUGGAAAAUGAGAACGACAUCGACUACGACGCGGUUUUGGAUAUGUGUUUUCCGGACGGCGGAAGGUUUGAAGAUAUGGCUACGCUGAGAGCGCCAAGCGACAUCAUGCGGACUUUGAACCGUUUGAAAAUUGGGGAAAAAACGUGGAACAACGACCCGAAACCGGAAAUCCAGAAGCAAUUGAAGCUGACUACGAAUUACCCGAAACUAGAAGACGUGAUGAGUGAACUGAAACAAUUUAUGAACCUCGACCACGCGAAGCACGGUUUAACACCAGAAGAAAUCCAGGAAUUUUUGAAGUGGAAAACCAGCACGCCGUCGCUGCACGAAAGGCGGAUUGCCGAAGCAGUGAUCGAUGAAAAUCACACAGACAUAAUGCAAGGCACCCCCGGGUUCCAGGAAUCUUGUAAGCGGGGCCGGUUGCAAUGCUUGCACUUGUUUUUCGUGUUGCGCCAGUACACCGAGAUGAAGAAGCCCCUGAUCAUCGAGGUGCACCUCUACGGAAAGCGUUCGCGGAUCAUGCAGGUUCUAGCCGUGAGUCUCAAGCUGCAGGUGGUGAUCGGGAUUGUUUGAGGCCGGCGGAUCUGAUGAGGAGAAUCGUCCGGAUUUCCUCGGGAUUUCUUAAGAUUCCCGAAAAAUUUUCAAGCUUGGGCACUCCUUGGGCCCUUUUAGGCUGUCCGAUUUUGACGCGUCAGGCCUUUGGGGGCGGAUUUGGGUCCUUUUGGUAGUCGUCCGGCCAUUUUAGGCCGUUGGUGGGUGUUUGGGGUCCUUUUGGGCUGUCGCUGGGGGCUGUUUCUAUUGCGAAACUGUUACGAAACUGUUAGACCGCGCAGGACUGUUGCCCAAGGGCAAGAAGAAGAGCGACAAGCUGCAGCCACAGGCCCCACUGGGCGACACGCUUUUCGAGGAGCCCGCAGCGGCGGCCGCCGCAAAUGUAGCGCAGGUGGCUGCUGCUGCUGCGUGAGGACGUACCUGAAGACGGCGCUGAAGAUGUGGCCUCGCUUUUCGCUUUUGCGUUUAGAACGGAAAAAAAAAAGACCUUCCGUCUUGGUCGCGGGAUAUCUUUUGGAUAGCUUUUGUCUGGUCCUGAGAUUUCCCAGGAUUUCUCCUGGGAUUUCUUAGGAUUUCUCAGGAUUUCUCUUAGGAUUUCAAUUACUAAGUGGCGGAAGCUCUCCGCCAGAUAUCUUUUUUUUGUGCGAUGGUGGCUACUCCGGAGCACUCAAGGAGAGACGCCCGGGAGGUCAGAAGUGGCGCCAUUUUGACUUGUCAAAAGUGAUGCCUUUUGCUUCACGGAAUGCAUCCGAGUGAUGGGAUUUUGCAUUUUAGUGAUGGGAUAGGAUUUGCGUUUUUGCAUUUUGGUGAUGAGAUAGGGUCUGCAUUUGAGUACUUUUUGCAUUAUUUAAAGUGGCGGAGUGUGAUGGACCGAAUUUGCAUGAUCACGCGCGAGAAAGUGCGACGCCUCUCGGGGAGAUUGUUUUUUGCGUUUUGAAUUUGCACGCGGGCACCCCUUGCGGUGUUGGAGCGGUUCUGAUAUCGUAAAACGCGCGCGCAAUCACGAAAAUUGUGGCGACGCAUCUAGCUAGCUAGCCGUCGCCAUGUCAUUUUAUCGGUUCGGCAUAUGUGUUGAUCGGGGGCGGUGCGGCGUGAUUUGUUUUGUUACUUGAGAGAAAAUUGGAACUCGGAAAAUUGAAAGAAAUCUCAAGAAAUCCGGGACGCGGGGGCCAUCAGAGCCCGCCCGUCUCAAGAUUGUGUUGAAUGAAGACAAAGCAAUGCUUUACGAGAAGGACUUGCUCAGCAAGGGGGAAAAAUUCAAUGCUGGCGAGGACAUGGUAGGAGAUGAGCCCGCAACCGGUCUCCAGCCCUCUCACCACCACCAGUUCGAGCGGUCCUGUCGCGUUAUCAGUGGCGAGGGCGUCGGAAAGUGGCGAAGUGCUUUACUCUACCAAGUGCACAAGUUUUAUUUUUCUUUGCUAACAAGAACGACAUUUGUGAAUUUGUAAUGCGAAGUUGUUAUGCAUCAUGGCGUAUUUUUCCUAUUUCAAAUAGCGGCGAGGUUUUCUAAUUUUCUAAUGCAGCUGGCACAUGUUUGUUUUCUAUUUAUCAGCGCUGUACCUGUUCCCAAUAUUUUCACAACAAAAAAUCACCAGACUUCUCUCGUGCGUUUAAAUCGACCUACGACGGCGAUGUCGCGGAGCGGUUCAGGGACUGGAAUCAGGCGCGUCACAGUGUGGAGCUGUGCUAUCCCAGGAGCCACCACUGCUACACCAUUCCGUUUCCGACAAAUUUGAACCACCGGUGCUCGCGGUUGAAGGCGUUAUUCAUUACAUCUUCCAGGAUCGACAUGCUCACCAACAAGUACAUCCAGGAGCUGCGAAUUAUCCGCGACGCCAGGUACAAAGUUUUCAACAGACAGCGGGUGCGGAUCAGUUUCUUCUUUGACGCAGAACAAUUCCGACCACUCGAAGCGGCAAUACAGGCAGGAUUUGGCAUCAUUUCGAACCCCACCGGAGCCAACAGCAACAAAUUAGCCGAUCUGAAGUCGACCUGUGAGUACCUUUUGAUGGACGAAGCGAAGCGAUUUUUCAACUUCAAUCCCGACAUGGACGGGAAGCAGUGCUUUGAACCCUGGGAAUUUUGGCGGCUUUUGGACUACAGCAGUUGCGUCGAGCGCGACCAGCUCCUGCAGGAUGUGCUCGAAGAGCGCGCCCGACCCUUCCGCACGGAAGUGGAUCCGCAGCAAGACGUCGACCCGAGCCUCCAGGCGGAGAAUGAAAAGGACCAGAGUCAACCCCUUGACGACUACCGUGUUGAUGUGAAAUUUCGGCACAUGAUCCGCAAGCCAGCCACAGCGUCCGACUCGGAGAAGAAGAGGCUGCUCGAAGGGAUUUUUUUUGAUGCCCCGGAAGGCAUCACCGAGCAGCAAAUUCAAAACCAACAGCAACCGAUUUACGCCGUGGACUACCACAAAGACAAAUCGCGAAAGCCGGAGAAAAACUGGGGGCCGGACCAGCUGCUGGUGUUCUUCCGCAGGGCGCUAAAAGAUAUCGAUCAAGUGGAACACAUCCGGGACAUCUUCUUUUGCUUGUGCUACGGAGAAUACGAAGGAGAGAGGAUUCUGACAAAACAGGGAGUUUUCAAAAACGACGUGCAUAAAGCGGGCCCAGUUAGCACUAUGGCGCUGUCGUGCAAAAUGUUUGCGAAAAAGGUGUGCGACCUGAUGGGAAUAGCAAACAAGCAGUCCGUUUCUCGCGAUGUUCAGCAUCACGCGCAGCUAAAGAUCGAACAGGAAAUUUUGAAAAAGGCAAAGGAACCGCUGCAACCGGAACCCGCUGCCGAUCCGGAUGAGAUGCAGGUCAACGCAAAAAAGAUUCUCGAGGCAUCUAUCGGACUAUUUGGGGUGGCGGGGAAAUCAGUAGUUGCCGAUCUGGUAUUGCUAUAGUUUUUCUGUAUUACAGCUUGUCACCUAUGCGUCGUUUUCUUUUUGUGCUGUGCAAAUGAGUGUUUGGAAUAUUGGAGCAUGACAAAUUCUAAACUACACUAUGAAGGUUGACACCACCGCGCAGCCCGUGCCACCGGUCGCGGAAGCCGAAGGUCCAAACUACGGAGUGUAAAUCUGGCCACGGGUUGAACUUGUCUUGCUUUGUAUUAUUUGUGAUGCUGAAAAAGAUAACUUUGUAAUGCAAAAAGUACACUCUUCAACAUUUUCAAAAACAACCCGUGGCUGCUGUUUAGCAUGGAUACGACGGACACUAUUAAAAAGGAACCGAAGUCGGUGGGACGUGAAAAAUAUGAGGAGCAGCUGAAACAACUACGACUCAAGUACGCGUCGGGGAAAUUCAAAGCGCAGGUCGACCACAGCAGCGAGAUUUUUCAUAAGGAGUUGGAUCUAGUGAAGCUCCACCAAAAAUACAAGGACGCCGAAUACUCGGGGGUUUGCGACGGCUGCGGGGAGGAGAUUUUGGUGUACAAAAAAACCUUUCUUUCCGGCGGUGGCCCGUGCCUCUCCUUCAAAGAAGCCCACAAAAACAACUGGCGGGCCGUGCAGUUGGGACCACAGUCUCACCGUAUUAAGCCCGGAUUUGACGAAAAACCGAUGUGCUACUGUGGCUUUUGGAGAUUUGGGCACAUUUACGAAGGGGAGUCGAUGACCUGUGUGGAAAUCUCCGACGACCAAUUGUUCAACUGCGCGACUUUAACGGCCAAAGCGCGGCGCCGCGAAGACGUGAAUUCCAAGUGUAAUUGUGAUGGUGAUUUGAAGGUUGUUGAGAAAGACCUACCGAGGUUGCAGCAGAAGUUUACGUACACGAAAGUAAAAAAAGACGACUGGCAACUAGCUGAAGAUGACAGCACUUUCUUUGAUGCUCCCCUGCCCUCGACCAAGGAACUGGACAAAAAUGUUUUCAAGUAGAGCACGACUGUAGUAAGUAUAAAAAGUGUAGCUGAUCAUACAACUUUUGAUAGUUUUCAUUGUGGUAAAACCCCUCGCAUAGAGGCCGCGUUUGUAUCUUCGUUUUUCACUAUAAAUGUUUUCUUCUCGUCGCUUUGACUUCUACCACCAUCGGGGAUUUCUGGUUGCGAGUCCUUCUCUAUUUGUUUCAAGGAGCAAAUCAAUAAGUGCAGCACCAGAUCAGUAGCAAAAAGCGUAAAAAGUACAAUGUAAAAACUCACCAACGUAGCCGGGUUCAAAAAUAUAAAUGCCUCCGAUUGAGACAGGUCCUGCAUCAGUAGCAUGGCCAAAAGAGCAUCACCCGCGCGCUACAAUUUUCAGGGUCUAUUGCGGCAGAAGUGUCUGGAUCUUUAGCUGGUUCAAAUUUCAAAGCAGCGACGCAAUUACAAAAAAGGUCUUCGAUUUCUAAUAUAUAGUGUAGGGGGGCGCAUCCUACUAAAAAGACACGCUUAAGUAUGUGCGCGUAUGGCGUAUUGGUUCUGUAAACGAUCAAAGAAAAAAGAUCAACGAUCUAAUUCACGUGAAAAAACAAACCGAUAAUAUCAGUGUGGAUCUACAUCGAACGUUCCACAAUGCGACUAAAAACCACAAACGCGCUGCGAUCUGAUUUCAAUAAAAUAAAAUCGGUUAUCGUGGUGCUGAUUCGGUUUUUCGUCGUGACGGUGCAGCAAAAUUUCGCGCAUAUGAAAUUUUUAAGAUUGAGAAAGGAAUUGCAUUUUUUAUACCUUUAACGUUUUAAGGAGAAACUUACUUCGUAUCUGAUUUGGCUCAGAAUCAAUCUCGUUUGAAAGAAAUUCAUACUCGUCGCAGCCGGGGAGGAUUUGCUUCACUUUGCUGAUCCUGAUAAUAUCGGGCGUAAUGCUGACCAAAUCUUACAAGGCUGGGGUGUACCGAAGAAAGUUGAGUCAAACGGGAAUUUUCGACGCGAACGUGAUGCUGCUAGACAAGAAACGGGACGGUGCGGAAACGGCAAGUAGCUCGGACGAGGAGGAGGUAAAGGUGAAGGUAAAAAAAUAGUAGGAACGGCGCAUGUAAUAAGAUCAUCAUGCGAGUGUUUUAGUUUUUUGUCCCGUAAAGCAUCACACUCAGAUUGCAGUACCUUCACUUCGGAACUAGCGAAAGCGUCCCACAGCUUUAAACUUUCGACGGUUUUUUUCCUAGAAUGUAUGGUAUUUUAGAAAGAGAAAGACUGUGCACCUCGGUUCUUUGAACCGAGAAGCAAACGCCAAAUGUGAUGUGUAGCAGUAGCUCUCUUUGAUUUUGGUUCUUUCUCUUCGUUUCAGUGUCUAGUGUCUGUGAAGCGGCAUGCGUCGUGUCACAUAUUGGAAGCAUGCAUUGUAAUAUUUAUCUCAUUGCAGAAUUUUUUAGAAAGCGCAAGCGGUAGUAAAUCACGCCACUACCGCGUCUGAUAUAGCCUAUCGUUAUGAUGAUAUCGUAAUGAAGAACAAGAAGAUGAAGCACUACUACGCAUUAAUUCAUCGCAGACAUUGAUUGCUAGAAUUGGGGAAUAGGAACUUCAUCAGCGUUAAAACCGUAUCGUUUUAAUCGUUACGUGAAAAACGAAGAAACGCACGAAAGCUAUGACCACGCAUCUCGUACAACACCGCGUGAUAGAACUAAGAUUCGUAGCGUGCAAGAAAACCGUUUCGUAGCGUGCAACGUAUCGUCCACAACCGCAAUGAAAAUGCCAAGAGUAUUAGAUGUGAAAACCAGUGGUCAAGCAGCUAGAGUAGAAUUUUACUUAGUCCAAGGCGCAGUUGCUGUCCGGUCGUCAGUCCGUAUUUUUUCGUAUGCAUUCAGACAGUACGACGAUGACCGGAGCUUAGCUCUAGUAUUUUUUCGUCACUAGUACAGCACUGCAGCCUCUACCUCUAGCUUACUGGUGCGCGUGGUUUUAGCUGCUAGACCGAUGUUGAUUCUUCAAAAGUGUGUUCGCAGAACGAGAAAAGAAAGAAGAACGCAAUAAGCUGUAGCCACGAACAACAUCCAUAGUAACCAGUUUCAGAAUUGUGCAUUUUAGCAUGGGGAAAAGUUGUAAACUAGGUGACGAGAUGAGUACAAAGUUCUCGACGAGCAUGAUUACCUGAGGAGAGAUAAAAGUGGUUCGGUAUCAUUUUUUCAUGCCCUUCCAUAGACUUUUCAAUGCUAGAGAAGCCACACCAGCCAGAUUGCCACAAAGUAGAGUAGAAAGUAGAAGGUUUUUACGUAAACACAUGACCGGCAAGAGAAGUAAUACAGCACGAGUUUCCGACAACAGAGCUAUUGCUUGUGAAAGUGCCAUUUGUUUUUUCGUUCAUCUGAG